UUGGGGCAUGUUAGUGUUGGGAAUCGAUUAAACAGUAUUUUUGGCCUCUGCUUCGCGUUCUCCGCACAUUCGUACCGUAUUUUAUUAAAAAUUUAAAAUAACAUUCCCAGACUUGUUUUAAGUAUUACAGAACUAUGUUUAUUGUGGCCGUAACUGGAGGCAUUGCCACGGGCAAGAGUACCGUUAGCAAAGUGUUUGAACGGCACGGCAUUCCCGUCAUAGAUGCAGAUAAAAUCGCCAGGGAGAUCGUGGAACCAGGUCAAGCUGGCUGGGAACAGAUACGCGCUGCUUUUGGCGAGGACGUGCUGCUCCCCAGCAAGGAGAUAAACCGUCCUGUCCUUGCACGCAUGAUUUUCGAGGACAAGGAAUUGCGUGGAAAACUGAACCAGAUUACGCAUCCUAAAAUACACCGUAAGAUCUUCUGGCAGGCAUUCAAACUGUUUGUCACAGGACAUUCGUGGAUUGUCCUGGACCUGCCGCUGCUCUUCGAAACUGGCAUUCUAAUGGAUUUUAUCUACAAAAUUGUUUGUGUUUCCUGUGAUUCGGACAAACAACUCCAACGCCUGAUUGCCCGCAAUGAGCUAUCCGAGGCAGACGCGAGCCAUCGGAUCAAGUCACAAAUGCCGCUGGAGAAGAAAUGCGAACAGUCGCAUUUUGUUAUUGACAAUAACGGCAGCGUUGAGGAAACGGAAGAGUCGGCCAUACGCAUUGUGAGCAUGAUGAAGGAGUCCAAGCAGCACUGGCGCAAUCGUGUCUACCUACUGGGUCUGGUUAUGAUCGUGGGCUUUACCAUCUAUAUGUUGUUGAAGAUAUUUAGUCGCGUACCCGACGACAUAUAGCCAUUGUAAGUGUGUUCCGUUCCUGGCCUCCAUCCAGCGUGUGCCAUUCAAUGCUUUUUAGUGUGUUAGUGCAAUUGAAACCAAAUCUUGCUUCAUAAGGGCAGCAAAAUUAUACAAUUAGUGCGAUAUUUGAUCGCCUUUUAGUGAAAUAUACAAGUCGGCAAAA